ACUCUUAGUUGAUGCUCUCAUUAACUUUCACAAGACGCAACACCAUCUCUCUCUCUCUCUCUCUCUCUCUCUCUCUCAUUGAUUUCAAUUUGUUUCAUUGUUGGUGAUUACAAAAAAACAACUUGUUACGCUUAUGAAGCUCACCUACUAAUUCAACCUCCUUCAAGAAAGAAAGAAAGAAAGAGCCAUUGAACGAUGAUGGCUUUGAAUUCAAGCUUAGGUGUUAUGAAAUUGGAGUUGUUUUCGUCGUCGCCGGAUUCAGCCUCUGUGGAUUCCAUUACUCUGUUUGUGCUUCUUCUUUGUGCUUGCGUUCUCAUUGGCCAUCUUCUAGAAAAGAGUCGAUGGAUGACUGAGUCAGUUGUUGCCCUAAUUAUUGGUCUUUUCACCGGGACCAUAAUUCUAAUGACAACUAGGGGGAAAAGUUCGCACAUUUUGGUGUUCGAUGAGGAGCUUUUCUUUAUUUAUCUUCUUCCGCCAAUUAUAUUCAAUGCAGGGUUCCAAGUGAAAAAGAAACAAUUCUUUCGGAACUUUUUGGCCAUUAUUUUGUAUGGUGUUAUUGGAAGUUUAAUAUCAUUUCUCAUCGUAUCUCUUGGUUCCUUACAGUUGUUCAAAACAUUGGAUCUGGAUUUGAUGGAAUUGGCAGAUUAUUUUGCACUCGGAGCUGUAUUCUCAGCGACAGAUUCUGUGUGCACAUUACAGGUGCUUAAUCAGGAAGAGACACCUCUCCUAUAUAGUCUAGUUUUCGGUGAAGGCGUGGUCAAUGAUGCAACUUCCGUGGUUCUUUUCAACGCAAUCCAGAAAUUCGACCUCUCACAUAUCACCUCAGUCAAUGUCAUGCAGUUCAUCGGCAAUUUCUUUUAUUUAUUCCUGACAAGCACUUUCCUGGGAGUAGCGGUUGGCUUGCUCAGUGCUUACAUUAUAAAGAAGUUGUACUUUGGCAGGCAUUCAACUGACAGAGAAAUCGCGCUUAUGAUCCUGAUGGCUUACUUCUCUUAUAUGUUGGCUGAACUUCUUGAUUUGAGUGGGAUCCUUACUGUGUUCUUUUGUGGGAUUGUCAUGUCACACUAUACCUGGCAUAAUGUUACCGAAAGUUCUAGGAUCACAAGCAGGCAUGCUUUUGCAACCUUUUCUUUCGUGUCCGAGAUUUUCAUCUUCUUGUAUGUUGGUAUGGAUGCCUUGGACAUGGAGAAGUGGAGAUUCGCCAGCAAUAGUCCAUGGACAUUACUUGGGGCCUGUGGAAUACUGCUUUGCUUGGUUCUGCUCGGAAGGGCCGCUUUCGUGUUCCCCCUUUCAUUCAUAGCUAAUUUGUUCAGGAAAUCCAAGGCUGAUAAGAUUGCAUUCAAGCAGCAGUUUGUAAUAUGGUGGGCCGGGCUCAUGCGAGGCGCUGUCUCCAUUGCACUUGCAUAUAAUAAGUUUACUAGAAAGGGGCAUACUCAACUGCAAGGGAAUGCUAUCAUGAUCACCAGCACCAUCACAGUUGUUCUAUUCACUAAUGUGGUGGGUGGAUUACUAACCAAGCCUCUAAUAAGGUCAUUGCUCGGUGGGAACUCAAUGUCAUCUGACUCAUUUUCUUCCAAGACACUGCCACUUCUCUCAAGUAGACAAGAAUCAGAAUCCAACAUAGAUACCGGCAACCCCAUCGAUUCAAGCCAAGUUGUCCACCAUUAUUGGAGAAGGUUCGACGACAGGUUCAUGCGUCCGAUGUUCGGAGGCAGAGGGUUUGUACCUGUCGUUCCAAGUUCACCUACAGAAGAUAGCAGUCUACAUUAGUAUCUGCUAAAAGCAAAAAGAUUUUUUAGUGUGUUAGACGUACAUACAUGGUAAUGGUGCUGCUGACUACUUUGUCACAUAGGAAUUAGGAAGAAAAGUUAGUUGCUUUACUAAGUUUUUUGUUUUGUUUUUUUGUUUUUUGUUUUGUUUUG